GACCAGCAGCCUCCUCUGGAGUUUGGAUUUUUAUGGCUUCAGUGCUUUUCCUGACCUUUAAGCUCGCCUGACGCCGGGUUUGUGCGCUCCACCGGACACUUCUCCUUCAGAGUCCUCUUCGUCUCGCGAUGCUGCAGAAGGAGCCGGAAUAACGGGAACACUGAGCCGCCGUGCUAAGCUAACGGCUAGACGUCCACAAUCCAACACAUUUCUCAGACUGCGGGCGGAUUAAAGUCAUGAGCGCCAGCUGGUUCCCCAAACAGUCUCCUGGACUGAGAGAUCCUGCCAGAGACCUGGACCCUCCAGACCUGGACCCCAACCACCUGAGUGGACUGAGCUGGAGCCUGAGCGCUGUGGGAGCCUCCUCGGACCGCCACCAGGCCUGGGAUCGCUGGGAUCACUGGGAUCCUCCCAGCAGGGGGGCUUGGAGGCAGCCCAGUCCUCCUCACAGGUCAGACUCUCAUCCUGAUGGAGACGGCCUGCAGCGGGACCGGGACGGAGACCUGGUGGUGGUCAGGAGGAAGAAGGAGCUCAUUGAUAUAGAAGAGAGGAUUAUACACAAGAAAGCCUCCCUCGUCAAUAGAUCGAUGGGGAUGUUUGAGGACGGCGUGUCGGCGCAGGGCGGCGAGGAGGCUCCAGCUCCACGGAGAGCCGGGACGCUUCGAGACCGGGUGAUGGACAUCCUGCAGCACAGACAUCCUCCCAGCUUCUUCACCAAGAAACCAAGCUCAACUGUUCCGACCCAAGACCUCCAUCCUCUGAAGCUCCGGGUGAGGGUCCUGAUGAGGCAGAGGCGUGACGGCGCCGUUUCACCCUCUCACCGUCACGAGGUCCCAGACGCCCGGCCGGAUCCUCCCACUUCACCAGCAAAGCGUGAAAAUGCAGUUGACAAAGGUUUCGAACGUUUCCUCAGUCUGCUCAACAAAGGCGUGGACAUCGACUUCCUCAGUCAGAUCGUGAACGGCGACACGGACGAUCCUCUGAUCGGCGGCCCGAUCCCCAACGCCCCCGGCCCCAUCCCCGACGCCCCCGGCCCCAUCCCCGACGCCCCCGGCCCCAUCCCCGACGCCCCCGGCCCCAUCCCCGACGCCCCCGGCCCCAUCCCCAACGCCCCCGGCCCCAUCCCCAACGCCCCCGGCCGACCGGUGGAGGUGGAGCUGAGUCCACCGACCAGGAGCCAGAGCCAGAGGGUGAACACCGAGAGUCCGCCCAGACCGACCGCCGAGGAGGUGAAGAGCUUCAGAGGAGGACGGCGCCCGUCAUCCGGGAGUCGAUCCAGGUCUCCCGCACCACAGAGCAAGAGGAAGAAGCAGCAGAAGAGUGGGGAGGAGGAGGAGGAGCAGCAGCUGCAGAUGGACGAUAAGAACCAGCAGCUCCAGAACAUCGUCAGGACUCUGGGCCUCGACCUGGAGGUGGAGGAGCUGAGCAGACUGUCGGACCGCACUCAGGAGCGGCUGUACGGGAAGACGAGGGACAGCCAGCAGACGACUGACGACUCCAAGAGGAGCUCUCACAGAGAACACAGCCGCUCCUCCUCCUCCUCCCCCUCCCCGUCCUCAUCCUCCUUCUCCUCAUCCUCAUAUUCCUCUUCCUCCUCACGUUCCUCCUCCAGGUCCUCUGCGAGCCGCAGUCCCAGUCCGUGUCGUGAUCCGGGCUCUCACAACGGCUCCAUGCGAAGGCCCGAACGCCUCCGGGAAGGAAGAACGGGCGGGGCGGCGUUCGGAGGUGGCGGCCAGGACCACGACGUCUCGUCAGACUACCAGCACGUGUUGGAUUACCAGCUUCCAGCAGCUCAGAGCAACCUGUACCCCUACUCCCCCCCUGACGAGGCGGCGUACCCCUACUACUCCGAGUCACACUACUACCAGUGUGUCAGCGGCACCUCGGGCUCAGAUUCCUAUCCCAACUGGCCGCCAGACUCGUCUUCUUCCUACGAUUACCUCAACAUUCCCGAACAGUUGAACCCCUGGCCCGAGACCGCCGGGCCCCCGGCCGCCAGGAAUGAACACCUCAAAGACCUGGUCAUGCUGACAAACCCCAACCUGGCCGAGAGCGAAGGUCAGUACGGGAGCGAGUCGGACCGGCGCUGCCUGACGUUCAUCAACACGGAGCAGACCGCCAAGAAGCGCCGGAAAACCGUCGCCGAAACCAAACAGCGCUGCCUGAUGUUCAUCGACACGGAGCAGACCGCCGAGACGCGCUGCCCGACCACCGUCGCCGAAACCAAACAGCGCUACCUGACGAUCAGCAACACGGAGCAGACCGCCAAGAAGCGCUGCCAGAAAACCGUCGCCGAAACCAAGCAGCGCUGCCUGACGUUCAUUGACACGGAGCAGACCGCCGAGACGCGCUGCCCGACCACUGUUGCCGAAACCAAACAGUGCUACCUGACGAUCAACAACACGGAGCAGACCGCCGAGACGCGCUGCCAGACCAGCGCUGCCAAACCAAAACGUCGGAAGAACCGGAAGAAGAAGAACCGCAAAAACAAGAAGAAGGGCCAAACGGAAAAGGCGCCGCAGAAUGUGGUCAAGUCGUCAGAUGUGAAGGCCAGGGUACAGAGAUGGGAGGCGGCGGCGCAGCUUGUGUUCAAGUUGUCAGAUGUGAAGGCCAGGGUACAGAGACGGGAGGCGGCGCUGCAGUUCGUGGCCGAGACGUCAGCGGCGAAGGCCAGCGCGCAGAGGGCGGAGGCGGCGCAGAGGGCGGAGGCGGCCCAACCAGAAGAACACAGAGAGGCCUCCAAGGACGAGAGGCGGCAGCUCACUGAGGAGGAGAUCAAGGCCAACCUGAGGAAGAAGCUGGAAGCCUUUAACCAGAGAGCGAAGCUCCUCAGCAGACAGCCAGUGUUGAGCGGUGUCGGGCAGCCGGGACCCCCCCAGGACCCCCCAGGACCUCCCAGGACUCCCGACUGAGUGAGGUUUGUGAAGAAUUUCAUUGAACUCUUUAGAGCCAGAAGUCUGCAUUUAUCAGGAUCAACGUGGAUUUAGAUGCGUCUGUCCUGCCAGCCUGCAGAAGAAGGUUUGAGCUCCACAUUUCUCCCAUCACCUCCCCUUCUCGUUCUGUCUGGAUCAGAUCUUUCUCUCGUCCCACAGACUGCAAUAAACGUUACGUUCACACAGACCUUUCAAAACUGUGUAUUUGGUUUCACCACUUUGUACUCUUCUUGGUUAUAUAAACUUUUUAUGG